AAUUACUUGGCGCGGAAGUUAACAUGCCUCGCCCUGUUCCUGUGAGGAACAAAUCUACGGCUCCGAUUCAGAUUACGGCGGAGCAGAUUCUUCGGGAGGCACGAGAGCGGCGAGAUGCAGAGGUUCGUCCUCCGAGGCAGAACAUCGCCGAUCCGGCUGAACUGGCAGACGCCGAAACGGAGAUGAAGAAGGAGUUCGUCAACCACGCGCGCGAUGUGUGGGAACGCGCUGUUGCACUCCUCCCGCGGGUGGACCAGCUCUGGUACAAAUACAUUCACAUGGAGGAGAUGCUCGGGAAUAUUGCAGCGCGCGCUAGAGCGAUUUAUGAGCGGUACGUCCAAUGCCACCCGACAGCCACGGCAUGGGUGGAUUAUGCCAAAUUUGAGAUGAAGAAGGGGGAAACUGUAUGCCUUAAGAGCGUAUUUGAACGUGCAGUUGAGAAGAUGGUAGACGAUGAUGAUGCCGAAGAAUUGUUUGUUGCUUUCGCAGAGUUUGAGGAGCGAUGCAAGGAGAUUGAGAGAGCACGGAGUAUUUACAAGUUUGCGCUCGAUCAUAUACCCAAGCGCAGGGCAGAGAACUUGUACAAAAAGUUUGUGGUAUUUGAGAAGCAGCACGGUGACAAGGACGGGAUUGAUGAUUCCAUCUUAAGGAGGAGGAGAUUUCAAUGUGAGGAUGAAGUGAGGAAGAAUCCACUGAAUUACGAUCUCCGGUUUGAUUACAUAUGGAUAGGGAGAGAAUCAGAGAUGUCUAUGAGAGGGGUAUUGCCAAUGUGCCCCCAGCUAAGGACAAGCGAUUCUGGAAGAGAUAUAUUUACUUGUGGAUCAAUUAUGCUUUGUACGAGGAGAUUGAUGCCAGAGAUGUUGAGAGGGCUCGUGCUGUUUAUAGGGAGUGCAUUAAGGGCUCGAUUGAUUAUGGGCCACGCCAUUGGAAAGGCACCCAAGGAUAAGGUUUUUGAGAAGUACAUUGAAAUGGAGCUAAACCUUGGUAAUGUAGAUCGUUAUCGGAAGUUGCACGAGAAGUAUGUAGAGUGCUCACCUGAGAACUGUAAUGCAUGGGCUAAAUAUGUUGAGUUGGAGUGCUCUUUGGGUGAAACAGAACGUGCUAGAGCAAUUUUUGAGCUCGCCCUCAGCCAGCCAGUCUUGGAUAUGCCAGAGCUGCUGUGGAAGGUACUGUUUCAAUCUUCAUAUUGGUUCUUGUUCCUGGUUCAGUAUUUUUAUGAACUGGAGGAGUCAUUGAUUUAUGGUGGAAAGAGUGCAGGAAUUCGAAGGAGGAGUAGAGAGGUUUCUGAGAGGGCCAUUACCAAUACCCAAGCUGUAAGCCUUAAGAUUCUAGAAGCGGCAUUCCGUUGGAAGAAACAGAGGACUGCUUCUAAGGACCCUGGAGAGCCAGAGUAGGGUAUUGACAAUUGAGAUGUCAGUUAAAGUUCCAUUAUUAUGAAAAUUACAAAAGCAUUCUCGGAGCAUUUUGGAGCAUUGCACUUACGAGAUACAGCUAGACACCAUGGCAGAGUAGUUGUAACAGCCAAUGCCUACUUGGCCGAAUAACUGGGGAUGGUGAGCUGGAUUUUCCUUUUGCUUCCAGGAUGGAGCUAAACUGAGAAAGAUGAACUUCGGCCAUGCUGCAUCAGAUGAGGAUGUGAGUAUUGGUUUUGUUUAUCAUGUUGAAAUUUCUAUGAAUUAUCAAUGUUGCACCCACAUGUCAUGCAUAAUCGCAUGAGCUAUUAAUUUCUUCUGGAUUGAAAGUAGGUCCUAAAAUUGCAGCUCAUUUUGACAGUCUGCCUAACCUGCCUAAAUUGAUAAAAUUAUAAGGUAAUA